AGCAAUCGUUCAUUACGUGGGGGAGGGCAGUGUCGGUUAAUGCAGGAUUUCUUCUAGCGAUCUGCUGAAACCAGGCUAUGUUGCAUACUAUACUUACUGUAUUUUAUAUUAAUGGAACAGGGGGAGCUAGUAGACUUUUGCGAUCUGCGAAUGAUCAGACAUUUGUUUUUUUCCCUCUGGUAUACUGAGUUCAUUUGAGCUUUUGCCAUAUUUGUAAUUCACUUCUCAAUGUGAAAUUACAGAGGGAAAAAAGGAUCUCCAUGUGUAUCCUAUUAAGAUGUUUUUCUUCGGUUAUGCCUGAGGAUUUGUAAGUCGCCAACAAGUAUAAAUGAUCUUCCUGGAAUUUAAGGGUUUCUCCAGAAUCCUGGAAUGAAGAUCCCCUUCAUCUUCUAAACAUCCUACCAGAAAAAUGCUUCAUGCUUUAAGAAUGCCAGCCACUUAGAUUCAUGCGCCCUAUCUGUACAGUUGUUGAUGGUUUACCAUCAGAAGGCACCAUAAGUCUGUUUCCUGGCCCUGUUUCUGUUUCUGAAAUGUCGCUGCUUCGUGCUUUAGACCCUGUCCAGACCUGGCUUGGACAAGAGCUGGAGAAAUGUGGUAUUGAUGCCAUGAUAUACACUAGAUAUGUGUUAAGUCUUUUGCUACAAGACAGUCAUGACUACGACCUUCAGGAACAGGAAAAUGACAUCUGUUUGGGCUGGGAAAAGGGGGCUUGUAAGAAAUGGGGCAAAGGAAAGAAGAAGACCUCAGACCUGUCUUUGGAAGAAAUGAAGAAACAAGCUGCAGUUCAAUGUCUACUUUCAGCUUCUGAUGAGGUUUAACAGAAGAGAAAAAUAUCAAGAAGUUAGAUGGAUCUCAGUCUCCGGAAACUGCAUUAUCUCCUGUAGGAAAGGAUCAAGCAGAAAUGUAUUAUGAAGCUUUUCCACCACUUUCUGAGAAGCCAGUUUGCCUGCAAGAAAUGAUCACAGUGUGGAACAAGUCCAAAGUUUGCUCUUAUUCUAGCAGCUCCUCAUCUUCCACUGCCCCACAAACAAGCACGGAAACUCCAUCUCCAAAAGAUUGCAAUAGUGAAAGUGAAAUUGUGAGCAACAGAACUAAUGAAGCCUCUAACACUGUACAUGGAAAGAACCAACUUCGAAAGGGCAAAAAUGAAAAAGAAAACAAGUUUAGCAACGGCAUAUCUGAAGAUAAAACUGGUGUAAGCAAAAGUGUCCGACAUAAGUCUAAUGGAAAGAUCCGACCUCGAUCCUGGUCAUCUGGGUCAAGUGAAGCAGGGUCAAGUGGCAACCAAGGCGAAUUGAAGACCAGAUUCAUUAGAGUAAGGCACAAGAUUUGUGAGGUUCGAAACAAGAAGGGGAAAAGUGGACAAAAGCUUCCUACAAAAAAUGUAGAACGACCAGAAAGAAAGUAUGUUGCAACAAGCCGUGGCAAUGCUGCAGCAGCUGUCAAGCCACUCUGUAAGCGUGUAAAAAAACAAGUAAAAGAAUUUGGAUCAAAAAAUAUUGGAAAUGAAGAAAGUGAUUUCUUUACAGAGAAGAAAAAUGAAACAAAAUUCAGAGAGGAGCCAUUGUGGUAUACAGAACCAAUUACUGAAUGUUUUGUUCCUAAUAAUAGUAAAAGUAAAUUGGAAACUACAUAUCGGAAAAGGCAAGAUAAUUGGUAUUACACUUCACAAGAUAUUGAAGAGCUUUCUGAGUCUGUGCAUGAUCUACAUAUAAAUAAACACAAUAUUCAUGAAACAUACCUCACACCUGGUACUUUUAUUGAUGGUCGCUUUGUAGAAAUGCCUGCAGUUGUAAGUGAAACGAGUGACCACAUCGGGACCUCGAACUGUUCUCUUCCAGGGGACAAUUAUUUGGAUGAUAUUCAUCCUUUAGAACUUACACACUUCUAUGAAGUGGAAAUUGACCAAUCCAUAUUGGAUCUUGGUGCCUCAGAGGAGAUACAAGGAGAAAGUCGCAUCUUGAAUAUGAUUCGACAGAAACACACAGAGAGAGAUGAUUUUGAGGCAGAAUCUUGUGAAGUGUUAGAUGAAAGUUUUCAAGGGAGAAGUGCAAUAUGGACAGAAUCAACCUGUUCUUUUGGUGCUGAAGGUUUUAUCUUGCAAGACCAUUGUAAAUUAUCUCAAGUCUGGGAACCCUGUUCACCAUCAAGCUCUGCUGAUGCAGAUGGAGAGAGUUUGGGAGGAGACUCUCCAAAUACAUUUUCCCCUUUUUUAAACAGCACAAAGCAUACUACACACAUGCAUGCAGGCAAUCAAGAUUUAUUUUUGGAUGAAGACAGCUCUUAUUUUUCAGUGUUUGAAGUACAAUGCAGUAAUUCUGUAUUUUCACUGCCUGAGGAAAGUGCGUUGAAUGAAAUAAGCUUAACAGAGUCUUGUUCCAGCAUGAAUGGGUUUGGAAACACUGAAUCGCGAUUAUUAUUAUGGACCAAAAAUAGUGCCUUCUAUGAAAUUGAACAGUGUUCAAAUAUUUCAACUAGAACCUGUAGUCCAUUGUCCUACUCAGAAGAAACACGAUCAGAUACUGAUAUUUUAAACAGUAAUAUGAAAGAACCAACACAACUGAAUGCAGAAGAUGCAAACAAUGUAUCAGGGGUGAAUUUAAGUUACGAAGAUGAGGAUUCUUCUUGCAAAAGGUUAAUAGGUUCGUUUCAGGAAAAUGGAGCUUUAAGAGAGAAUUCUGCAUUGGUUUUGAAAAAGAAAUCAAAGUUGGAAUCUGUGUGUGGCAUUCAGCUUGAACAGGAAAAUGCAGAAAUAUCGGUUACAGCAGACAUUAGAAUAAACGGCAAACCUGAAAAAGGGUACAGCUCAGGGGUCAUUAAAGAUAUUUGGACACAUCUGGCAGACAAAAAUUGUGAGAGAGAAGAGGAUCUGUUAUUCCCAGUUGAUGUAAAUACUUACUGCUGUGAUGCAAACACUGCAGAUGAAACUUUCCAAGAGCCCAGAAAAGCAGUACAAAGAUCAGAGUAUCAUCUUUGGGAUAGUCAAAAAGAUACUCUGGAUAAGAGAGCAUUUCUAAGAUGUGAGUCAUUGAAGGAUGAUGUUGGAGAUUAUACUACCCCAUCGAAACCAUGGGAUGGGAACACCAUUAAUGAGAAUUCCUUUAUUCUUGGAGGAGUCUAUGGAGAGUUCAAACCUUUUAACUGCGAAGGUGAAUGGGCUGUCAUCCCACCAAAAAACUCAAAGGAAAGCUUACUAGAAUGUGCAGCCUCAGAUGUUGUUACAAUAGCAGGAACGGAUGUUUUUAUGACUCCAGGAAACAGCUUUGCACCGGGUCAUAGGCAGUUAUGGAGGCCAUUUGUUUCAUUUGAAGAUAAUGAACAUUCAAAAUGUGGAGUUAAAGGCUUAAAUAAGGGCUUUUCUUUUGUUUUUCAUGAAAACUUGCUUGGAGCAUGCAGUAACUUUACGCUAGAGGAACCUGGAUUGGGUUAUUCUUUUUCGUCUUUUGAACUAAACAAUCAUUUUUCCCAGGUUCUUCAUGUGGAAUGCUCUUUUGAGCCCGAAGGAAUAGUUGCAGUUAGUCCUAAUUUUAAAAAUAAAUCUGUGUGCUCAGAAUUGGAUGGUGAAGGUGCUCAUCCCCGGGUUUGUGGUGUGGACAAAACUCAGUACAGGUCGAUAAGAAUUUCUCCUCGGACACACUUUCGUCCAAUACCUGCAUCUGAGCUGUCUCCUGGUGUUGGAAGUGAUUCUGAGUUUGAUUCUGAAAAAGAUGAUAUAGUUGUGCCUCCAAUUUCUGAAGGAGAAGUGUUUGAUGAUCCACAAGAUCUCAAGCCUUUAGAAGAUGAUGCAGAAAAUGAAGGUCAUUUUUAUGGAAAGUCUGAGCUAGAGUCUGGAAAAUUUCUUCCUAGUUUAAAGAAAUCUGGAAUGGAGAAAAGUGCACAGACUUCUUUGGAUGGACAAGAAGAAUCUGUUGGUGUUUUGCCAUUGGAUAAAGAUCGUUUAGAUUUCAGGGUUAUAGAAAAGUUUGAAAAAGGAGUAAUGGCGCAUUCUAAUUGCAAGAUGUUGGAGUCUAAUAAAAAAACAGAUGGGCUUAAUAUCUGCAAAAUGGCUUGUAACCCUAAGUCUACAGAAGAACUAGAAGAUUAUCCUUCAUUGAAUAUUGAUAUUCAUGGAGUUAAUGCCAUCAAAGAAAAGCAACGCUGGUGGCAAAAAGCACUUUACUCUCCCUUAAUUUCUGGAUCUGGCUGUGUCUCAUACUGUACAAAUGUCGAUGAAGAAAGACUUGGUCACACAAGUGGAAAAGAGAUUUCAAGCACUGGAUGGCAUCCUGUGAAAAUUGAUACGGACUCUUCAAGCAAGGAUUCUAAAGUCACAUUUGAAUGCCGUUCUGAAGAAAAAUCCAGUGGUUUCAGGAAAAAGAUCUUCUUAAGUAAUAGUUCAAGUUCUGACACUUCUUCAGAUGGAAGUACUGAAUGGGCUGACCUUUGCAGGGAGGAGAUUUUUUCUCGUACCCAGCUUUGAAAGAACACAUAGCUAUAGUUCUGGAAGUGAUACAAUAAUCUGUUUCUCUUAGGGAAUUAAAUAAUUUUUAGUUACUUAAGAUUUUUUUAAGUUUGUUUUUUUUCCCCACUUUUAUAGCUGGGAUAAAAAAAAAUCCCAUUUAGGGUUUUCCUUUUCUUUUCUUCCUUUUGACAAACUGUUAAAAUUUAAAAAAGAAGCUCUAGAUUAGAUAAUGUUUUCAGAUGAUGAAUGGAUGUGCAUGUGCUUGUAUUAGUAGACUCACUGCUUCACAUCACCUAAACAGUGUUUUGUUUUUUGUUUUUUUUUGUUAAAUUUAAUCUUUAGCUGUUGCCAGAAUUACCAUCUUAGUUUAGUGGUGGCUCAAGCUACUUCUGUCAUUCAGAGAAUGAGGUUUCUGGAACAUUCUUGGCUAUAUUCUGUAGUACCUGGGAGAUAAAUACAUACCACUGUAAUCAAUCAGUGCCUUUCUGAGUGCAGGAGACUAGCAUGGCGUAUUUGCCCAGUCUUUACUAAAUAAAAAAAAAAUUUAAAAAUUUUAGUAGAAGCAAUGAGAUUGUGCUUUAGAGACUUAAAAUACUGUGUUUUCUAGCCUAUGACAUUUUGUUCCCCAUUUAUGGAGGAUGAUAUAUAAUUUAAUAUUAUUGCUAAUAGUGGGAGCCAAGGAUUUUCAGCUAAUUUAGUUUCUUUCUCUUUAUGUCACUUAUUAGUUAUUUCUUAUGUCUUCUGAGAUACACCCAAAAUUGUGACAUCUGUUGUGUUCUUAGUUUUCUUUUCUUUUUUUUCUUCUUCUAAUUUUACAUCUAGGAUGGUAAAAGAACCAUGUACAUUCAGGUGGAACCCACUUUUAUUAUAUACAUAAACCUAUUGCUGUGCUGUUAAUCCUAUGGCUACUUCCUUUAGCUAUCUUGUAGGUGUAUUGUUGGUGUUGUAUAUUUAGUCUCAUAGUUAAUUUGUGUUUUGGGAGAACAGUAUGGGCAAGUAUGUGAGUGUGUGGCAAUAAGUACAUUUUCAAUUUACACGUAUGAUUGAAUAUGAUUUGUUGAUUUAUGUAUUUUGUUCAACUUUAAAUUCAGCACAUUGUCCAAAGUGUAGCUGUAGAAACUUUCAAAACUCUUUGUGCUUAACACAUAUGCAGAUUGUUCAAGCACAGUAAGAGCAAUAUGUGAGGUUACUAAAAUUAAAUCUAUAGAAGCAUGCUUUUUAACACCAGGAAUGCAAAAAGUUUAAUAUUGCUUUGGAACAACCGCGUUCUUUUAAUAGCAAUACAGGUCAUUAUUAAACCGGAUUGGAGCUUUGAGAUUUGAGUUAAAAUGCAGUUUAAACUUCCUUUUUUUUUUUUUUUUUUUUCUCUUUUUUUUUUUUUUUUCUUCCAUGUCUAGAGAAAAAAAAUGUUGGUGAUAAACUCUUCAGGAAACAUUUGUUCAUUUGUUUAAUUCCAUUCUGCUUUUAAACUGAAGAGGAAUAUACAGUGUAUUUGGUAUGUUUACGUUUUGUGUGUGGAAAAGUCAAGAAACUAAUAUCCAAAUAUUCCUUUGCUUCCUUCUGUAUAAAGAGAAAAAGAGAGGAAAAAAUGGUUGAUUAUUAUGCUGUUUUCUAUAUUUUCCAGCACUAUGGGAAAUACACUGUUAGAACGGAUAUAUACAAUAGUGAUGCAUAUUUUUUUUUUUUUCUCACAAGUUUCCAUAUUAUCAAAAAUAUAUUUGUUUACUGAAACCCUUUGGAGGAUCAUACUCAACAUUUUGUAAAGAGUUUAUGCAAACAGCACAACACGAACUGUACAGGUUUUUUUUUUUAAUAUGUUAAAAUUUAAAUUAACUAUUUUCUGGAGCUUCCUCAGUGUUGUGGGUAUUAUUUGCACUGCAAAUAUUAAGAAAAUACAGGCCCUUCUAACUCAGCCUUGCACAUGUAGAUGCUUUUAGAAGCUAUGAGGGAAACUGGAAACUCAAUUUGUCAGUCCCCAUGAAACUGUGCUUUGAGGUUUAAACCAUACAUGCUUCAUACUUUUAUACAGUAAGUGUGUAUUUCAGAUCCAGUGUUGGGGUUUUUCUUUUUUCUUUUUUAAAAAAAAAAAAAAAGAUUGCAGGCUACUUGUGCAAUGUAACAUUCCUGGAAAUGAUGGGGGAAUGAUACAUAAGACUUUGGCAAUAAUUCAUAUUAAGCUAAUUUUCAUAGCUGUUUGCAAGAGUCUUUGAACUUUUUUUCAUUCUGGUAUUUAAAUUAAGGUUGGCAAAACGCUGAACGCACAGUGGUAUGAAGCGCGUUGCAUAUCAUCGCACUGAAAAUAUUCAGUUUUUCAUUCCUAGACUGAAAUUCUGUUUUUACAUUUUUUUUUCCUCCAAGUGGUUGUAUUGUUCUGAUUUUCAUGUACACCUGAUUUUGUUUUUCUUGUGGAGUUAUUGAACACCAAAUAAAAAAAAUAAAAACCCUG